GAGAGAGAGACAGAGAGAGAGAGAGAGAGAGAGAGAGAGAGAGAGAGAGAGAGAGAGAGAGAGAGAGAGAGAGAGAGAGAGAGAGAGAUCCUCUUUGGCACACACCCGUCAGUGUGGCAGUGUGAUUUUGACUGACUGGCUGACUGACGGGGGACUCUGGAGGAGACGCGCAGGAAAGGAAGGACACUCCGGUUUUAAUCCCUUCUGUCAUCGUUGCAGAUGGUGUUCUAGCUGCACUGCCUGCAUCCACCUAGGCAUCGGAUUUAGCUUACUUUCUCCUUUCCUUUAUUGGCUGAACCAGGGGCUAAACCCAGCCAGCCUGGGCCGGGUUGUGAGGGGCUGUUCAGCGAGCCUAAUAGCUGAAGUUGGCACCCGAGAUGAGCGUCUUGAGACCCGGGAGCGGGACUCUCUCUUCGCCAGGGAGAGGGUCUGGGUCGUGGCGGUGCUGGUGGUGGUGGGUUGUAGUUAUAGGGGUGUCAGUUGAAUCUGGAGAUCCGUGGAUGUCCGCGGAGGCAUGCCCGUCUUAUUGUACUUGCAGCAGCACCAGGAUCUCAUGUGUGGACCCGGAGCAGGGUAUCAAUGCUUUCCCCGUUCUACAGAGCGAGGCGGAGAUGGAGAACAUCACCGACAUUUACAUCGCCAACCAGAGCAGCUUCUCCUCCAUCAACGACAAAGACCUGCACUACUACAAGAAUCUCAGGAACCUAACGGUGACCAACAGCAGGCUAACAUACGUAUCGAAGCUGGCCUUUCAAAACAACAUCAAGAUACAGUACCUGAAUCUAAAAGAUAACAACCUGUCGUCGCUGUCCUGGAGGAUAUUCAGACACCUCAACAUGUCUUAUCUGAUCCUUACAGGGAACCCUCUGCACUGCUCCUGUGAGAACAUGUGGAUCAAACUGUGGUUAGGAGAGGAAGCAGACAAUCAGGAGCUGCGCUGCAUCGAGGAUGGAGGAGCACGCAAGCUGCUGUCCAGACUGACACUACCCAACUGUGAGGUUCCCAUGGCAACGUUGAGCCCAUCCAAAGUGACACUAAUGGAGGGGAAGCAUGUGGACCUCUCCUGCACGACCUCGGGGGUGCCCUCGCCUGAGCUUAUAUGGAACAUGACGUUGGUUUCCAACUAUGAGAUCGAGACAUCGGGACAGAUUUCAGUGCUGCGACUUUCCAACCUGUCGUCACUGGACCACAACACCAAGAUCAGCUGCACGGCUGAGAACAUCGUUGGAGAGAAAGAGUCCGCACUGAUGCUGGAUAUACUUUUUCCUCCUAAAAUCACGAAGCUGAGUGAUGCAAUCCCCGACCAUCACUGGUGCAUCCCCUUCAGCAUGUCCGGAAACCCAAAGCCACAGCUGCUGUGGUAUCAGGAUGAUAAACUUGUGAUGGAGGGCAAAUUUAUCGUGACCUUGAUCCAUGACAUCACAGAGAGAGAAUUCCAUGGCUGCCUGCAGCUCGACAGCCCCACACACCUCAACAAUGGCCGCUACAAGCUGGUGGCUGAAAACGAAUAUGGCAUAGACGAGAAGGAGGUGGAGGCUCACUUCAUGAGCAAGCCCUGGGAGGAUACAGAAAAGGAGCCUAUCUAUUAUGAGAGCCCCCCUGUAGACCCUCCUGAAGACAGAGUCGCUGUGUACGUGGUGGUGGGCAUUGCUGCUGUGGCCUUUACCGGUUUCCUUCUAAUGUUGGUCAUUCUCAAGUUUGGAGGGAAUUCCAAGUUUGGCAUCAAAGGACCAUCUUCUGUGAUCAGUAACGAUGAUGACUCGGCCUCUCCUCUUCACCACGUCUCCAACGGCAGCAACACUCCCUCAUCCUCAGAGAUGGGUCCCGACGCUGUUAUCAUCGGCAUGACCAAGAUCCCAGUGAUAGAAAACCCUCAGUACUUCAGGAGCACAAACAGCCUGCUCAAAACCGACACAUUCGUUCAGCACAUUAAGAGACACAACAUCGUGCUCAAAAGAGAGCUGGGAGAAGGAGCCUUUGGAAAAGUCUUUCUGGCCGAGUGUUACAACCUCUCUCCUGACCAGGAAAAAAUACUGGUGGCUGUCAAGACACUUAAAGAGGCCAGUGAAAAUGCCAGGAAGGAUUUCCACCGUGAGGCUGAGUUACUGACAAACCUUCAGCAUGAACACAUUGUCACUUUCUACGGAGUCUGCGUGGAGAGCGACCCCCUCAUCAUGGUGUUUGAGUACAUGAAACAUGGGGACCUCAACAAGUUCCUCAGGGCUCACGGUCCAGAUGCAGUUCUGAUGUCAGAUGGCCAGACCACCAGACCUGUGGAGCUGACGCAGUCCCAGAUGUUACACAUCGCACAGCAGAUCGCAUCCGGCAUGGUCUACCUGGCAUCACAACACUUUGUGCACCGUGACUUGGCCACCAGAAACUGUUUGGUGGGUGAGAACCUGCUGGUAAAGAUUGGAGACUUUGGCAUGUCCAGAGAUGUCUACAGUACGGACUACUACAGGGUAGGUGUCGGAGGUCACACCAUGCUGCCGAUUCGUUGGAUGCCCCCUGAAAGCAUCAUGUACAGAAAGUUCACCACGGAGAGUGACGUGUGGAGUUUGGGAGUGGUUCUCUGGGAGAUCUUCACAUAUGGAAAACAGCCCUGGUACCAACUCUCCAAUAAUGAGGUGAUAGAGUGUAUAACCCAGGGCAGGGUGCUGCAGCGCCCCAGGACCUGUCUGAAAGAAGUGUACGACCUGAUGCUGGGCUGCUGGCAGAGAGAGCCACACAUGAGACUCAACAUCAAAGAAAUCCACGGUCUGCUCCUUAAUCUGGCCAAAGCUUCACCUGUAUACCUGGAUAUACUCGGCUGAACACAUGAGGAUAGAGGAUGUGUGUGUGUGUG